AUGGAUUUAGCUGACUUAUGGAGAGUUGUGAGAGAAGGAAAUGCAGACAUCUGCAAGAGAGGGAGCGCAGCUUUCUGCCCGGAGGAGCCGUUUGCGUGGUUGACUCUGCAGCCUCCACCGCCUCCCCGCCCUAGCUGCAGGGGGCGCUGUGGGGCUCUGCUGGCUGCAGCCCAGUGGGUCCUCGGCUGUGCCGGUGCCUGUCCUCGGGAAGGGAUGCAGAGACGCUCCUCACAGCACCCACGUCCCACAAGCCUGGUGGAUCCGACCCCAAGGCACACCUUCCCUUCCCAGGUGUCGCUUGGCUUCUCACUCGCCCCUCAGCUGCCUGGAGCAGACGUGGAGCUCCCCCUGCAGGCGGCGCCCUCUGUGUGCACACUCCGCAGCCCUGAGGAGAGCAUCUUGCGGUCUUGCUACUCGGUGCAGUGGGAGCUAAGCAAUCGCUUUGAAAAUCUACUCACAGGAGCCAGAAAUCUGCUUGGUCACCAGAUAGCGGCCCUUCGUCUGCGCCUCAGGCUGUCGUGUGGAACUUACAGUGCAGGAUUUGUUGGCCCAGCUCAGCAAAAAGCCAGCCUGACUCAAAAAGAGAGAGUCAAGACCACCACACAGUGCCCUGGUUGCCCAGGCAACACAGUGCCUAUGGGAGCUUCUCUUCCACCAGGUCAGAGGUCUGGGCACCCUCAGCCAGUUCCGCUGUUCCAGGUCCCUCAAGGGCGGGGUGAAGGCGUGGGCAGCCUGGGCUUCUCUGGAGCUCUGGCAGUGUCUGCACCCAGACUGGCUCAGGAGCUGUCCUGAAUUAAGCACUUCUCAGCUACAAUUUGAACUUCCUGCUUGCCUGCUGCCUGCAUCCCUCCAAGCCAGCAGCAGCCCGUGAAAUCCUGCUCACAGUUUGAGUCUCUCAGGCUUCCUUCCUUCUGCUCCUGGCAGGGGAACAUUGUCUGCUUUUAAGGGUUCACAAAGUCCAGCAUGGUGGCACACACCUGUA